AUGGGUCCUCACAUCUAUCAGACUUGCCCAUCAGCUAACUUCUUUGACUGUAAAGCAAUGGCUAUUGGUGCCAGAUCACAGGUAUAUCAUUAUUAUUAGAUAGUUUUUGUUUUUUGUUUUGAAGUCAUUAUAAUAUCCUAUAAUUAUGGUUCUCUAAGCUGAGAAAACAGCCCAGGUGUCGCAACGCCACCUCUGGUUUCUGCGCAAAAUGGCAUCUGAGGAAUGUCUGUAGAAAUUUCAUACUGGUCACAUGUAACUACCCAGAUCUGUGUAGUGCUUCUGAUUGGUUGAGUUCCUCAGACAUCAUUUUGCAGAAAAAACAGUCAGGUGGCAUCACAAAAUGGUGACUGUUUUCUCAGGCCAAUGGUUCCUGAGUAUUAAGAAUGAUUAUUAUAUAAAUGCCAAUGAAAUACCAGGUGAGCUUUCUUGUGAAAACAUGAUAUCUUCACAUGUAAAAAUAGCGUGUUAUCUUCACACGUGAAAUAUCACCUUUGCUGUGGCUACAUGGGAAAUUGUCUUCUUGUGUAGAAAAAAUAUUUCACUCGAACAGAAAUUUUGUAUCUCGGUGCGGCCAUGUAAUAUCCCUAUGUCUCCCAUCCCCUAUGUCUGUAGUAUAAUUUCUUACCAAUUUGUUUGCAGUCUGCAAGAACAUACCUUGAAAGACACUUAGAAGAAUUUCCAGACUGUAAGUGUGACAUGUUUUACACUAAAAUGUGUUUAGAAUUCAAGGUCAAUUCAGUAUUAUUGCAAUUCCAUGUAAGAAAUGCCUUUUACCUUCUAAUGAUUAUGUGACUUAAUUAAACAACCAAACUACCAGUAAGUAAUGCAGUUACUAACUGUAUAGUUGAGGGAUGCCAAAUAUAAUAGCAGGAUGAUGGACUACAAUACUAGAUUUAUUUUGUCUAGACAGUAUAUUGCAGUUAGCGAGAGCCUCUUAGGGGAGUAUGUAUGUCCCUAGUCUGAAUUUCAAAUAUGGUCAUUUCGCGUUUUAAGGAGCAGGCCAGUUCCCUGUUGGUAUUUAACCCAUCCUUAUGUCAUUUGUCGCCAUUUUAUCUCAUUUCAUUUCCAAAGGUGAACCAGAAGAGCUAAUUAAACAUGGUUUACGAGCCUUGAGAGAAACACUUCCUAAUGAACAGGAGCUGACAACAAAGGUAUGUUUGGCAUCUGUUAACAUUCAAGCAUUGUCAUUUUGGUACUGAUUGUUUUUUUAAAUUUAAUGUCUGUCCCUUGGGUAGCCACGCAUAUCUCCUUGACCUUGUUUUCUCUCCUGUUCUAGUUCAGUUUUAGUGGAGCAUGUUCAUGGGCACAGUCUGUGCCAAACAAAAAUGUGCUUGAAAAAUUGCAGCAUUUCCCUGUGAUGUCUGCAUGCACAUAUGGACCCCAUUAAACCCACAAACUGGAAUCCUAGUGAAGACUGUAGUUUUUUAAAGAUACUAUCUGCCUGCCAUAAUGUUAUUUUUGUCAUUGAAUGUUACGUUUUAAAUGUUCACUUUAGGCUUGUCAUAAAAUACUAUAUUUAUUUUACCACAAUCUUAAAAAAUGGUUGAAUGGAAAACUAAGAAAUCAGUUUUUUUUAUACGUCUCUGGUUUAUUGUAGAAUUGUGCUAUUGCUAUUGUUGGAAAGGGACAAGACCUUGUUAUAUACAGUGAUGAAGCAGUUUCUCCCUAUGUAUCCUUUUCAACUAUAUUGCUUCUUUAACAGGCACUGAUCUUUUGUGACUUUCAGCCAGAAUAGUUAUUGGGAUGCUCUUAAUAAACUGUAGUUGAAUACUGUAGGAGAAAGGGCUUUGGGAAUUUUAGGCUCACAAGAAUAUGUAUGGUGGGUUCAUUCUGUCUUCUUUUCAGUCUUUUUUGGGAACUGAAGAUUUUUUACAAGUUUUUUUGCUGAAGAAAAGAACAACUGCAUUGAAAAAAAGGAAAAUAGAAAAUAUCUCAUGCUUCCCUAAUAAGAGAUUCCCUUACAAAUUAUAUCCUGUUGGGGUGGGGGUUGGGGGAAGAAACUUACAUUAAGAUCCCCCUCCCCUCACCCUCAGGAAAUAUCACUUAGGCUUUAUGUUUUCCUUGAAAUGGUCUGGCUUUUGAUUGACCACCCUCCCCUCCUCCUUGGAAGACAAGAAAAUUACAUUUUCCCUUUAAGGCCCAAGAUUGACCAAAGCCAAUUUUCCCCCAACAAAAUCAAUACAUAAUCAAGGGAAAAUGAUGUGAGAAUUAAUAAAAUAAUCAGCUGGGGCCGGUUGCUCGAAGCGUGGUUAGCGCUAACCGUUGGUUAAGAGGUAUCAAAAUGUGUAGGUUUCCAUGGUAUUUAACGCUGGUUAGCACUAACCAUGCUUCGAGCAACCCGGGCCUGAUGGGGAAAGCUUUGAUAUAUAAGCAAAUUCUCUUAACUGUUCUUUAAGGAAAUGUGUGGACAUAAGUCUGGAGAAUUUGUAUUUGGAUAUUGGAGCUUUAAGGGUUAAUAAUACUUUCUCAAUCUGACUUGAGAGAGAGAGAACAUACAAGAACUGAGUAAGUGAAGAUAAGGGUGUUUACUAUGUGGCUUUCAUCUGUAACAGAAAUUUUGUCAACUGGAAAAUGGUAAUAUUAAACCAUAAAAAUUAUUUUAAUUUCUUAAAAGUUAUGUUGACCUUAAUUUGCUGUAGUUGGCCGGAAUUGAUCAAACAAAGAGGCGGCGAGGAGAUGAGGUAAAGAUCACCACAUAAGGAUAGUUAAACUUGCAAACUAAUCCUAGCAUAAGCUUUUCACAAUGGUAUUUGUUGUCCAGUGGGAUUUUUGAGCCCAGGAAAGAGAAACUCUUCCUGACUUGCUUUGUAUCUGUAGCCCAGCAUCAUGGGUUUGAAUCCGGUUGAAGCCCAUUAAAGUUUAUAACUUCAAGGUUCUUUUUUCUCUUGAAAAUCUGACCUUGUUGAUAUUUUAAAUUCCAAAUACCUUUCUAAUAAGAGAAAAUUUUAAUGCACAACACAUGGGUGUCAAUAUCGUAAAGUUUUGUUAUAACGGGGGAAUUUAAACCCAUUAGCCUGACCCAUAUCCUCUGCAUUGUAAAUCUAUGACUUAUUUUAUGUUUUACCUUUUGUGAGGAGAACUUAUUUUUUAAUAAAAAUCUAGACUGUACUGGCCGCUAGAGCAGCUUAAAGGUUUCAAUUAAAGAGCCAGAGAAAUCACUGAACAGAUGCUUUUUUGUCAGCAUCACUCUCAUUCUAGACCGUAAAAUGGCCCGUAUGUUUUUUUUUGUAAUGCUUGUUUUUUUGUUUGUUUUAAGGCUGCUGAUGAUGCUAUGGAGGCAGAAUCAGAGGUAAGCUUGUAGCACAUGUUGUCAGGGUUACCUGUCAAUACCAUAUUUCAGGAAAUCCAGGGUGCUUACCAUUUCCACAAACCAUCGCAAUGGAAAUCUUUUGCAUAAACAUAAAAUAUAAAAUUUGAUGUGGUGGGAGAAUGACCCGCUAAGAAGUAUAUCAAAGUCAGCUGAACAGACUAAAACAGAGUAGAAAAAUAAUUGCAUAAUUUGCCACAAACACAGCCCAUAUCUUGUAAAGCUUCCCAAACAGAAUGGCGCAGACCAUUUGAUUUUCCAACCGAAAUUUCCUCUUUUCCUGGUAUUCCUGUGUAAAUGGUAAGUAGGUACCCCCAGUUUCUAAACUGUUCCUUAGGCAAAACUCCUUUUCUUUGUUUUGUGUUAUUGGAAAAGAUUAACAUUACAAAUUCUCAUUUUUAUGUAGCUCAGUUAAGUUUAAGUAGGGAGUUUUAAGCUUUUACGCUCCCUAAUUAGGUAAUGACAAAGGCAGCAGUGGUGAAAACUUCACCUAAAAAAUGAGUUUGCAUCAUUUCAACCUGUAUGGCUUUUAUUCCACCUCCCUCAAUUUGUCAAAUAUUUGUGAAUGUUUUGGAGUUGAAGUAAGUAAAUAAGUAAGUACCGUAUCCAAGUUAAGAAAAAGAAAGAGACAAUUGUUGUCUUGUGAUCACGACCUUCAUGAAACGUGAAAUAACGAAGUGUGCAAUGACUGCAACAAAGUGUUCCAAAAAGUUUGAGGCACUUGCAAAGUUGUUGUUUUGCUGAGCUAAACCUAUCAGUAUUGCUUUUUGCCGUUCUCGUUGAUGUCAUCAUCAUCGGAUGUAAGGGUCCCUAUUAACCAAUUGACAGUGUCUCCUCCUGAAAGUAGCCAGCGAAACCUUACUGAGUAGCUAGCGAGCAAUGAAGUUUGUGAAAACGUGAAUUCAUUUAAAUAGUGAUGAUUUUGCUGCCUUCUUCAUCAUCGUUAUUGCUUAAGCUUCCUUUUAACAACUUAAGAGAGACUAGUAUUGUGGUAAGCCUGUGAAGGUUGUGUGUCACAGGACUGGUAUUUUUAUUUCAGGCGCCUGGUGAAGGUGAAGCAGGUGCACAGGAAGGUGAAUCGAUGGAAGCUGAGUAG